AUGGAGCACCUCUCAAUACAUGACCACCAACACGGCCCUCCCCCCCCUGGAAUGAUGCCGCAACCUCCUCAACAUCCAGGCGGCCCUGUACCCCAGGGCAUGAUGCCCCCGGGACUCGGCCGCCCUCCCCAGCCCCAGCAGUUGCCAGCCCAGAUGUUUACCACUGCUGCCCAGCUGUUGGAUCUCACAGAUAAAAAACUCAUGAUCUCCCUCCGCGACGGCCGUAAAUUGAUAGGCAUCCUCCGCAGCUGGGAUCAAUUCGCCAACCUCGUCCUCCAAUCCACAAAAGAGCGCAUCUUCGUCCCCCCCGUCCUCUCGGAAAAAGAGCCAACCGGCAUCUUCGCCGACAUCGACCGGGGUACGUUCCUAGUCAGAGGCGAGAACGUCUUGUUGCUUGGAGAAAUCGACCUCGACAAGGACGACGAUGCGCCCCCGGGGUAUCAGCUGGCCGACAUAAAGAUGGUGGAGAAGCUCGCGAGGGAGAGGAAGAAGGAGGAGAAGGUCAAGGAAAAGAAGAAGACCAAGAUGCUGGGGAAGGAGGGCUUUGAGGGGGAGAAUUUGGGGGAGAUGCCGCUCAUCUAA